CCGAACACUGAAUACACCCCUUCAGUCGUGACGUAGCACGUGACACACCGUUCUUCCGGUACAACAAGGAAGAGUAGAAUCGAAGAGAUGUGAUACCGCUAGCUAGCUAAUAAUGUAGCUAUUGUUUCGCUGUGUAUCUACAUGAAUAUAUUUGACCUGUUACAAUGUCAGGAUCACCAGAUACACGCAGUUUGGUUUCUGCGUCAUCCCAGCUCAAUUUAAUGGAAAUAGAUACGAUCGAUGAUAAAGAGUUUGACAUUCCCCAAGUUGACACCCCGCCUACCCUGGAGAGCAUCCUGAAUGAGCCUGAGGAUGAGGAGGAGCCCUUCAUCCUGGAGGACACGUGUCUGCUGAACACAGAGAACAUCGAUGCCCACUCCUGUGAGACCUCCUCAUUGGCCAGCUCCGACAGCGGAGACCGCACACACCUCAAACGGAAGCGGAAGACAGUGGAGCUCAGCACUACAGUCCAUGGCUCUGUGCUCCGACACAGCAUCCUGAAAGGCAUCUCUGCUCAGAUAGUCUCAGCCGCUGACAAAGUAGAUGCUGGACUGCCAACUGCAGUAACUGUGUCCGGUGUGAUCGUAGUGGGAACGUCUCAUGGCCUGGCUCUAGUGUUUGGAAAAGAUCUGAACCAGGCUCUCCGUUUGUGCUUGGGAAGCACGGCGACAGGGGCGGAGUAUGGAGCCGUCUCCGCCCUCAGCAUCAACCACCACUGCACCCGCCUGCUCUGUGGCUUCGCCAAGGGACAUAUCACCAUGUGGGAUCUGGCCAAUGGGAAGCUUCUGCGAAGCAUUACGGACGCUCACCCACCCGGCACCGCCGUCUUACAUGUCAAGUUCACUGAUGACCCUACGCUGGCAGUGUGCAACGACAGUGGUGGCUCUGUGUUUGAGCUGGCUUUCAGGAGGUUGAUGGGGAUGCGUACAUGUGAGUCUCGUUGUCUGUUCAGUGGCUCUAAGGGGGAGGUGUGUAAUGUGGAGCCUCUUCUUACUGCCCCGGACCUGAAGGAUCACCCCAUCACACCGUACUCUCUACUGGCCAUGGCCUCUCUUACUAAGAUUCUAGUGAUCGGACUGAAGCCUUCUCUCAAAGUGUGGAUGACAUUUCCCUAUGGCAAGACGGACCCGGCCAGUGUUCCCCAGCUGGCCUGGCAGUUUGUCCCCGUUCAGAAGGUGGUCAACCCUGUCCUGGCAUUCUGCAGAGGAGACACCAUACACUUCCUGCUGGUGAAGAAGGAUGAGACCGGAACCAUCCAUGUCAUCAAGCAAAGACAGCUGCAGCUGAACUGUGACAUCAUCAGUCUGAAUUGGAUCAACAGUCGUACCCUGGUGGUGAUGGACAGUGGGGAGAAGCUGCGUGUGGUGGACCGACCCAGCCAGGAGGAGCUGGAGAGCUUGGACGUGGCUGAGGUGCAGCUGGUCUACAACAGCAGCCAUUUUAAAUCGCUGGCCACGGGGGGAAACGUCAGCCAGGCGCUGGCCCUAGUAGGAGAGAAGGCCUGCUACCAGUCUGUCUGCAGCUACGCAGGACAGAUGGUACUACUGGGGACCAAGUCAGCCCACAUCAUGACUCUGAGGAACUGGAGGGAGCGGGUGGACUGUCUGUUGAAACAGGAACGUUUUGUUGAGGCUCUGUCCUUGGCCUGGUCCUUCCAUGAGGGCACCGCCAAGGCUGUACUGGGACUGUUUGGGGACCCAGCAAAGAGGAAAGGUGUAGUGGCAGACAAGAUGAUUGAGAUUCUGUUCCAGUAUGUGGAGCGCUCAGUGAAGAAAUGUCCAGAACACGGCAAGAUACAGGUCAUGGAACAACAUUUCCAGGACAUGGUGCCUGUCAUGGUAGAUUACUGUCUGCUGCUGCAGAGGACGGACCUACUGUUUAACCAGCUAUAUACCCGCCUGGUGGAGAACUGUGUGGCUCGGGGGGUCUUCCUGGAGAGUUUGGAACCCUACAUCGUGUCGGAGCGUCUGGGCUGUGUAACCGCUCCCGUCAUGAGAGACCUGCUGACCCACCUACAGGAUAACAACAUGAUGGACAGUGUAGAGAACUGUCUGAUCCACCUGGACAUCACCAGCCUCGACAUACAACAGGUAGGAGGAGAGGAGAGUGGAGAGGAGGGGAGAGGAGACAUGAUGGACAGUGUAGAGAACUGUCUGAUCCACCUGGACAUCACCAGCCUCGACAUACAACAGGUAGGAGGAGAGGAGAGUGGAGAGGAGGGGAGAGGAGACAUGAUGGACAGUGUAGAGAACUGUCUGAUCCACCUGGACAUCACCAGCCUCGACAUACAACAGGUGGUCCAGAUGUGUUGGGACAACCAGCUGUAUGAUGCCAUGAUCUACGUGUUCAACAGGGGAAUGAAUGACUACAUCAACCCUAUGGAGAAACUCUUUCAGGUCAUCGGCCCCCCGCUGAGAGAAGGCAAGGCCCUCACAGAUGAACAGGUGGUGAUGGGUAACAAGCUGCUCGUUUAUAUCAGCUGCUCACUGGCAGGCCGGGCCUAUCCACUAGGAGACAUCCCAGAGGACCUGGUGUCUCAAGUCAAGAACCAGGUGUUUGAGUUCCUCAUCAGGCUCCACUCUGCAGAGGCAGCUCAGGAGGAGGAGUUAUACCCUUACAUCAGAACCCUGGUCCACUUUGACACGCCAGAGUUCCUCAACGUUCUGGCCCUGGUGAGCCAAGUCUGGGAAACACCACAGAAAACUACAACCACACCUCAGAGAACUACAAGUACAACUCCACCCACACAGGGAGAGGUCUCUACAAGUCUACAGACACAGCUGGUCAGUCAACAUACGCUGGAGGACUUUAAGAAUGACAAGCAGGCUCUGGAGUACCAGCAGAGGAUUGUAGACAUUUUACUGAAGGUGAUGGUGGAGAACAGUGACUUCACUCCCUCUCAGGUGGGCUGUCUGUUUACCUUCCUGGCCCGCCAGCUGGCCAAACCUGACAACACACUCUUCGUCAACAGGAAGCUCUUCGAUCAGGUUCUGGAGUUCCUGUGUAGUCCAGACGACGACUCCAGACACACAGAGAGACAACAGGUGCUGUUGGAGCUGCUGCAGGUGGGAGGUGUGGGCCAGUUUGAUGAGGGACGACUACUGGGACUGGCUGAGAAGGCAGAGUUCUACCAGAUCUGUGAGUUUCUGUAUGAGCAGAAGCAUCUGCAUGAUAAAAUUCUGGACUGCUACCUCAGAGACCCUGUGAGAAAGGAAGAGAUCUUUAACUACAUCCACAACCUGCUGUCCAUGCCUGGCUACAGCUCAGAGGAGAAACACUGUGUCUGGGACAAGGCCCUGCUGCACAUUGCGGAGCUGGUGACCCUUGACCCUGCCAAGUCAGCUGACCUGGUGGCCAUGCAUUUCCCUGAGGAAGUACGACCCAUCAUCACCAGACUACAGGAUGAUCACCUAGUGUUCCAGUUCCUGAGGUGUCUUUUGGACCAGAGGGAAGGCCCUCAUCCCCAGGCUCUCCUAAGACUGAGCCCCGACCUGCAUGAGCUCCACAUCGGCUUGCUGUGCCGCUUCUCUCCCCGGCAGCUCACUGACUUCCUCAAGGCCUCUCAGGACUACAGACUAGAGGAGGCCAUCCAGAUAACAGAACAGUACCAGCUCCAUGAAGCUACAGCCUAUCUGUUGGAAAAGAAAGGUGAUUCUCAUGGAGCCUUCCAGGUCCUGCUGAAGACACUGAAGGACAAACUCAGCUCUGUCACCUCAGACAAAAUGAGUGAAGAGGAGGGGGAGACCGAGAGGGAGGAAGAGAGUCCACUGCAGAGAGUGGAGGGGUCAUUGGGUGACAUCAUCGCUCUGUGUCACAGGAGCUCCCAGAGUCUCAACCAAGAACAGAGAGGGGUGCUGUGGUUCCCUCUGCUAGAAGCUAUGAUGUCACCACAGAAGCUGCUCAAGGGACUGAACACACGCCAUACAUCAGAGGUAUUGAAGGAACUCACCAUGAAGGUCCUGAACAGUAUGAGUAUCUUCAUCCCCCUGCCUGCUAUCAUCCAGCACAUUCUACAGGACCCUGUGUAUGGUAAAGGAAAGCUGGCUGAGAUACAAGGCCUUAUUCUGGGUAUGCUGGAGACCUUCAACUAUGAACAGACGCUACUGGAGACGACCACCAGUCUGUUGAACCGUGACCUCCACUGGUCCCUGUCUCACCUGCGAGCUGCGGUCAGCAGGGCGCUCCACCCUCGUCAGGACCACUGUAACAUCUGUCUGCAGCAGUACAAGAGACGUCAGGACAGCCCAGAUCAAAUCAUCAUAUUCAGCUGCGGCCACCUGUACCACUGCCAGUGUCUGCAGCGGAAGGGGAGUGGCCACGCGGAGUCCAGGCUGCUGCAGGUCUGGAGCUGCUACAAGUGUAUCUCCUCACAGAGAGGGAGGGGCAGGGUCACCACGGAGACCGGGAGGGGGCGGAGCACCUCCCUCGCACAGACCAAAGUGAUGUCCAGGGAAGCAGGGGAAGAUGGGAAAAAGGUGUUUUCUGAGACCACAUUGGACCCCCAGCAGUGUCAGUCCUGGGACCAGCUACGAUGUCUCUACAGAGGACCUUCCAGGUUGGCCAUCCUGUCGGAAAUCUCCCACUGCCAUGGCAACGAGAAGGCGGGCCUCCUAAACCCCUCCCAACCAGGAACAGGAAGUAUAUUCCACAGCGAGAACUUCCAGCUCAAACUCUCCCCACCGCCAUCGGUCGAAGAGUAGCUAGCCUAGAGCCAUGUUCAGUAUGAUAACGUUGUGGAACUUUCAGAUAGAAAUAUUUUGUGUAGAACAGACACGAUGUCCUGGUCAGGUAGAAUAAUAGGCUGUUCCCUCUAUUUGUUAUAUUUCUGACUGAAGACACCCAUGUUGUUUCUGUUGUUGAUUAAACACUACCAUGUAUUCUAAUCUUGUUGAUCAAAACUACAUUAUCCACUGUCUGGGAUGAUAUUUGAGAUGGUAUCGAUCAAAUGUUAUGUUUCUGUCUGCAAAAUGUCCAUAAAUAAACCAGUUUGUAACAUUUCA